AUGACAGAUGGUUCUCCACCCCCUUAUAUUCAAUAUGAAGUUAUUUUGGAUAAUAAGGAAGAAAAUAUGCAGCAGGCACAAGAAGAGGAAGAACAUCGUAGAGAAGCAACUGCACGUUUCCAGUUUACUUUAAGUGAAAUUCAAGCACAGCUGGAACAGCAUGACAUACACAAUGCCAAACUCCGCCAAGAAAACACUGAACUAGGAGAGAAGCUGAAGAAGCUCAUUGAACAGUAUGCUCUGAGAGAGGAGCAUAUUAAUAAAGUGUUCAAACAUAAGGAACUGCAGCAACAGCUUGUGGAUGCCAAGCUUCAGCAAACAACAGAGCUCAUAGAGGAAGCUGAUGAAAAACACCAAAGAGAAAGAGAAUUUUUAUUAAAAGAAGCAACAGAAUCAAGGCACAGAUAUGAAGAAAUGAAACGGGAGGAAGCACAAUUAAAAGAGCAGCUUUCUCUUUAUAUGGAUAAGUUUGAAGAAUUCCAGACUACCAUGGCAAAAAGCAAUGAACUCUUCACAACCUUCAGGCAGGAAAUGGAAAAGAUGACAAAGAAAAUUAAAAAGCUGGAAAAAGAAAUGAUAAUGUGGCGUACCAAAUGGGAAAAUAAUAAUAAAGUACUUCUGCAAAUGGCUGAAGAGAAAGCUGUGCAUGAUAAAGAGUACACGGCCUUUCAAAUAAAACUGGAACGGUUAGAGAAGCUGUGUAGAGCUCUUCAAAUGGAAAGAAAUGAGCUCAGUGAGAAGGUGGAAGCCCUCAAAGAGCAGGUCUCUGUAAAUGCAGUGGAUGUAGAUUUAGCCACACCUGUGACACAGUCCUGCACUGGUGUUGUUUCUCAGAAGGAGCUGAAGACUUCUAGAAGAGUUCCAGGAGUGUACCUGGAGGCUAAGCUUCAGGGAGCAAAUGAAACAAAACGCAACUCCAAAGACCCUUUCUACAUGAUUUCUUCCAGGCACUGAUUCGGUUGAGUCAGAUGAAGUGUGACCACUGUAUUGAGUGGUAUUUUGUGUAUCAGUUUUCUGUAGUAGUUACUAUUAGUUUUGUGAUGAAAAUGUUCUUUUUCUAUUAUAUAUGUAUUUUUAAAGAACUAUUGGACUGUGUGGCACAGGAGACUGCUUAGUAGUUUUGCAUUGUUUUAAUGUGUACAGUUUCCACAGCUGUAUUACAUAUCUGCCUUACUAAUCUUUUAUUGGAAUACGUUUCAUCCUUUCACUGUGUUCAUUUGCCUUAUCCCUGCCCCUUGUGUUAUUAUCAUAAUUAAAUUGAGCGUUGUUUCAAUGGUGGUUUCCCUAUGUGAAACCUAAAACUAAUUUAAACUCUCUAUUCCACUAAUACAAAAGAGAGAAAAUAUAAAGAUGAUUAGUUUUGUCUAGUAGCUCAUUCAAAUGUCAAGUGGAAAAUAAAGCAAGUGUGGGAUAGGAAACAAGUGUAGCAUAUUUGACAUAGGUUCGGUUUUUUGGUAAUAUUUUUUAUCACUUGCAAACCAAGAUGACUGUUAAGUUUUGUCUUGACUUUCUCAAGGUUGUAGCAGAAUAUGAUUAUGAGGUUGUCACUUGUAAACAAAAUAGCAUGUGCAUGCAAGUCAUUGGACAAACAGGUUUAAUGCUUAAGUCACUAAAAAUGGUUCUACUGCUUUGGUUUCAGCUUAGAACACAUGUGUUUAAAGAAAAAAAUUAUCUAGAUCUCUGCAUUUACAAUGGCAAAAUUUCUGGGCUUUGUAAUUUUGUUUGUUACUUUGUUAUUUCAGUUUUUGAAAGUUACUUUUAUUUAUAUGUUCCUGUCACAUCUAUGACCUUAAAUUGGUUGAAAAUUGAAGAUUACCUGAUAGGUAAAAUAUCCUGCAGCGUGAAGUAUUUGCAAACUUUCACUACUGACCAUGAUAAUCAAGGGACCAGAGAGUUAAGCAAAAUAAAUUUACAUGAAAUUUGACAUCCUUAGUCUGCCAGAAGUAGCAAGUCCACACUUCACCGUUCAACAGUUUUUUAAAAGUGUCUCCAUCAGCUACUAAAUGAACUGUUGGACCCACUACUUUGUGGGGAGUGGGGGUAUGAAGAUUAUGUGUCAGAACUACAAUUCACCUUAAAAUUAAUUCUAGUGAUCAUAUUUCACCAGAACAGUGCAGCAUGUAAGUUCUUAACAUCUUAUUAAGGCAGUUUUGUGGCCCCACAUUUCUUUGUGAUACUUACUUUGUGGGGAAGGCAAAUCUUGGGCUGAAAGCAAUGUGGUUCAGAGCAUUGGCUCUGCUGUUUUGGAUCUAAUAGGUAUAUAUUAGAUAUCAUUGUGUGAAAUGACAUAAGACAUGGAAAGCCUCUGGAAUCUGGGAAGCAUUUGCUUUCCUUUCAGAACUUUUCCUGUGGUUAAAAAGGGAAAAAGAACCUUAUGGAAAGGACUCCCUUCCAAAUGGCUCUGUAGUGUGUACUACCUACUAUAUUCUAGAACAGGAGCCGUCAGACCAUCUCUAUCUUGACUAGGGCUGCUUUCAUACUAUAGCUAUCAUGUUGAGCAAUUCUUACGUAUUUACUGUCUGACCCUUUGUCAACCCUGUUAAAAUACCCUGCAGCUGACCCAGGAAAAGCUUAAAUGUUGCAAUCAGUUAAAAUAUACUUGUUGCACCAUUUUGUGGAACCUUCUGGAGUUGUAAAAUCAGUAGCAUCAUUGGAAUCCACGGUGUAGAAAAAAACAUGGCUCCACACAGACCAUUUCAUCUUCAUAUGUGUACGAAUACAUUUUGUGGCCAUAAGACCAAUACGUUUAAGUUAUGUAUAAACUGUCUUAUCAUACCUGGUUGUCACAGCUCAUUUCUCAGGUGUUACAGAAAUAUCUACCUCUUUCAAACUAUAACUGAACAUAGCCCAAAAAAGGACGCAGUGCUAAGUAAACUGCUUUAUUUUUACAGCUAACAUGUUUCAUGAAGAAACAGAAUUGAUGAAGAAGUCAUAUUUUGCUUUUCACAGUCAUUUUGUAGAAAUUUUUCACUAAUGUGAGUCUUAUUUUGUCUAUGCUGUAAAGUUGAAUAAAUAUGUGAUGAUUAAUUUAACAA